AUGGACAUGGACGUGGACGUGGACGUGGACAUGGACGUGGACAUGGACGUGGACGUGGACGUGGACGCGGACCUGGACGCGGACAUGGACGUGGACAUGGACGUGGACAUAGACGUGGACGUGGACGUGGACGUGGACGUGGACAUGGACGUGGACGUGGACGUGGACAUGGACGUGGACGUGGACGUGGACGUGGACGUAGACGUAGACGUGGACGUGGACGUGGACGUGGUCGUGGACGUGGACGUGGACAUGGACGUGGACGUGGACAUGGACGUGGACGUGGACAUGGACGACAUGGACGUAGACAUGGUCGUGGACGUGGACAUGGACAUGGUCGUGGACGUGGACAUGGACGUAGACGUGGACGGGGACAUGGACGUGGACGUGGUCGUGGACGUGGACGUGGACGUGGACAUGGACGUGGACGUGGACAUGGACAUGGACGUGGAGGUGGACGUGGACGUUGACGUGGACGUGGACGUGGACGUGGACCUGUACGUGGACGUGGACGUGGACGUGGACGUGGACGUAGACGUGGACGUGGACGUGGACGUGGACGUGAACAUGGAGGUGGACAUGGACGUGGACGUGGACAUGGACGUGGACGUGGACGUGGACGUGGACAUAGACGUGGACGUGGACAUGGAGGUGGACAUGGACGUGGACAUGGACGUGGACGUGGACGUGGACGUGGACGUGGACGUGGACGUGGACAUGGAUAUGAACAUGGACGUGGACAUGGACGUGGACGUGGACAUGGACGUGGACGUGGACAUGGACGUCGACAUAGACGUGGACGUGGACAUGGACGUGGACGUGGACAUGGACAUGGACGUGGACGUGGACUUGGACAUGGACAUGGACGUGGACGUGGACGUGGACGUGGACGUGGACAAUGACGUGGACGUGGACGUGGACGUGGACGUGGUCGUGGACGUGGACGUGGAUGUGGACAUGGUCGUGGACGUCGACAUAGACGUGGAGGACAUGGACGUGGACAUGGACGUAGACGUGGACGUGGACAUGGACGUCGACAUAGACGUGGACAUGGACGUGGAGGACUUGGACGUGGACAUGGAAGUGAACGUGGACGUGGACGUGGACGAAGACGUAGUCGUGGACGUGGACGUGGACGUGGACGUGGAGGUGGACGUGGACGUGGACGUGGACGUGGACGUGGACGUGGACGUGGACGUGGACGUGGACUGGACGUGGACGUGGACGUGGACGUGGACCUAG